AUGUUUCAAAUAGCCAGAACAAGUCGUUCAAAUAUCAAAUUAAAUUCUUUAUUCAUUCGAUAUAAUUCAACUAACAAUGCACAACAAUUUAUAAAGAAAAGAUCAACAUUUCGGGAUUUAAUGAAGAAACCAAUCUUUAAAACAUUAAUAUUAACAUUAAUAUUUACAUCUGUAACAUUAGAAUUAGUUAAACAAAGAAAAGAAUUAGAAUCUUUAACUGGAUCAUAUACUCGUAAAUUUUCUGUAUUAACAAAUAUUAUUAAUAAAUUAAACAAUAAUGAAACUGUUGAUAUUGUUAAAGAAUUACAAUUUGCUAAUGCUUUUACUAAAUAUAAAUAUAAUUCAAUAACUGAUAUUGAAUUAGAUGAACAAUUAGAAGCAUUCCUUAAAUUAGCUGAUGAACCAGAACAACCAGAAUCACAAGAGAAUAAAGAUAUAGAAACUCAAAAUGAUAAUAAGGAAUCUUCAUCAAAGAAACCAUCAACAAGUGAUUUCCUCUAA